AUGGGUAGCGGAUGGGGAGAUACCGACGCACAGAGUGAGGGUGGACGCCGCAUAUGCAAACACAUGCAGGACCCAAGUAAAAAGCCCGACCCCGCUUUUGAGGGCAGGUGGGACUCAUUCGACGAUGUAAUGCUCGACGCCUCGAUAUACAGGUGGUUACAGGGUGUGGAAAUAACACCACCGAUAUCACACCCGAAUAAACCGGUCAGGGGACGUAAAAGACGGAGGCACAAUAUGGAUUUUCGAGACGAAUUUGGUCAUGAAGUUGCCCAGGAUGAAACGAGAACACGGGAUAUCUGGAGUGGUCAACGUGGGGAAGAAACAGAUGGGGGUAAUAACGCUUAUAGUAUGGAGGAUGUGGCCGAAGUUCUUCCAGUUCGACCUAGUUCACCCCAGAAAAGACGACUAAGUUUGAUAUUGAGUAGUGAGCCGUCUAGGAGCUCUGGCGAUAUCAUCUUUGAAAGCCGCAAGUUCGCUGCAGCCAGUGCCAAAUGGACAACGUCCACGGCUGGGACCCGAGUGUCGAGUCCGGACAAAUCGGCAGGCGGCACGAGAUAUUCGAGCCCCGAAAAGUCGAACUUGAGAUCAAAGUCUAGGAGCACAAGCCCUGAGAAACGAUCAGUGACUAGUAAAGCUACUGGACAAACUACCAUGGGCUUUCGGAGGUCGGAAAUGGCAGAAUGCACACCAUCCUUUAUAUUUGGGCACCACAAUCGGCUCGCUUCGGGGUCAAUACCAUUAGUCGUUGCAGCAUUUCGCAAUCGCGCUGCCCUUGAGACAGAGUACCCCUUUGAGUUCUUUGGACCCUCACUAUUCGCUGAUUCUUCCCCACCUCGCAAGAACUUCUGCGGCCACGUGGAGGAUCAGUGCAUGAUGGGGAUUGAACAUUUCAAUACUGACGCAGGUGAAAGUGCUUGGUCGACAUACGUGAACGGGGUGCUUCAGGGUAUACCCACAGGCGAAGCCCAAUCCAAAAAGCAGUUAAUUAUCAGUGGCAUAGAAAACCGGCAACUGCUGGCGAGUGUCACGCCUAUUGGUGCUCCAACUUUGCGAUCCGAUCUGAUUAUCGAAGGAAAUUCAAAUUUUCCAUCGCCUUUUGCGGAUACCUGCCGCAAGAAGGUUUUUCCGCCAUCUACAGUUGACAAAAGUUUGUCCCCUACCGCGCAGCGGACUUCGCAAUUGAGGCCAGCAUUCUGCGUGAUCGAAAUAAAGGCUGCCGGUGGAGAUUUACAAGAGGCUCAAACGCAAGCAGCUGUUGUCGGGGCAGCCGUCUUAUUGAAGGCGAGGCAAAUCGGAGCGAAUGAUGAUAUUAUUCCCUUUGUGCCAGCUAUUAUGACAAUCGGACACAUCUGGCACCUCAAUCUUAUAUACGAGGAGACAAAUGGAAUUGUCAUUGCAGGGCCGUGGAUUAUUGGGGAUACAUUGACAUUUCUUGGGACCUUGAGGGUGGUCCUAUUUGUUGAAGAGUUGAGGAGCUAUGCUGUGGAUACGUGGUGGCCAAAGUUUGUUGAUGGGUCUUGCCGGGAGCUACUUGAGAGAGAGCUGGUAGGCUAG